GUGGCAUCAACAAACUUUGGCCCUCACCAACCGCCGCCGUCGGCCGCCGUCAACCCACCCAUUUCCAGUUUUUGACUUCUUGAACUGGCUACAUCGCUCCACCACCACCAAACGCCGGCGUCCAAUUUGUCCGCUUCGUCCAUAUGAAUUAUCGUCACUCCUCCUUCGCUACUCACAAAGAACAAAAGCCAGCUGAGCUCCUCCUUAGUUGUUGAAAAAAGCGCCUCUUCGCUCCCUCGACGAGUCCGUACAAAUUGAAAUUGGCAAAAAUUUCGCCAAAGGCCAACACUUCCCCUAAUUCCCACCCACCAUUUUCCCCCUCUUAUAUACUUCUCCACCUUCCCGUUUCUCUCCUCCUCCCAUCUCCUCCGCCGCCCAAUUUCCUUUUCCGUCGAGCCCAACAAUGGAAGCCUCCACCCUUUCCCGCAUCGGGCUCGCCGGCCUAGCCGUGAUGGGUCAGAACUUGGCCCUCAACAUCGCCGAGAAAGGCUUCCCUAUCUCCGUCUACAACCGCACCACUUCCAAAGUCGACGAAACCCUCCAGCGCGCCCAGAGCGAAGGCCCCUUCCCUCUUUCCGGCCACCACACUCCUCGCGAUUUCGUCCUCUCCCUGCAGCGACCCAGAUCUGUCAUCAUCCUGGUCAAAGCAGGGUCCCCAGUUGACCAGACCAUCGCCGCACUUUCCGAGCACAUGGAGUCCGGCGACUGCAUCAUCGACGGCGGCAACGAGUGGUACGAGAACACCGAGCGCCGAAUUCAGGAGGUGAGCAAUCGGGGGAUCCUGUAUCUGGGUAUGGGUGUCUCCGGCGGCGAGGAAGGUGCCCGUAACGGCCCUUCCUUGAUGCCAGGUGGGUCUUUCCAGGCUUAUAACAACAUUAAGGAUAUCCUAGAGAAAGUAGCUGCUCAGGUUGAGGAUGGUCCUUGCGUGACUUAUAUUGGGGAAGGUGGGGCUGGGAAUUUUGUGAAGAUGGUUCACAAUGGGAUUGAGUAUGGCGAUAUGCAGCUCAUUUCUGAAGCUUACGAUGUGUUGAAGAACGUGGGUGGACUGUCGAAUGAGGAGCUUGGUGAGAUUUUUGGUGAGUGGAACCGAGGGGAGCUCGAGAGUUUUCUGAUUGAGAUCACUUCCGACAUUUUCAAGGUUAAGGAUGAUCUUGCCGAUGGGGGGUUGGUGGAUAAGAUUCUGGAUAAGACUGGGAUGAAGGGUACUGGGAAAUGGACGGUUCAGCAGGCUGCUGAGCUCUCCGUUGCUGCACCCACCAUUGCUGCUUCAUUGGAUUGCAGGUACUUGAGUGGGUUGAAGGAAGAGAGGGAGAAUGCUGCAGAGAUUUUGAGGGAGGCUGGAUUGAAGGAGGAAGUUGGAGCUGUGAAGAGUGGCAUUGAUAAGAAGAGGUUGAUUGAUGAUGUGAGGCAGGCGUUGUAUGCUUCCAAGAUUUGUAGCUAUGCACAAGGGAUGAAUCUGUUGAGGGCCAAGAGUAUCGAGAAAGGCUGGAACUUGAAUUUGGGAGAGAUGGCCAGGAUUUGGAAAGGUGGGUGUAUUAUCAGGGCAGUGUUCUUGGACAGGAUCAAGAAGGCCUACCAGAGGAAUCCAAACCUGGCUAGCUUGAUUGUUGACCCGGACUUCGCCAGGGAGAUGGUGCAGAGGCAAGCAGCCUGGAGAAGAGUUGUGGGAACGGCCAUCUCAGCGGGGAUUAGUACACCUGGAAUGUGUGCUUCUCUUGCUUACUUCGACACUUACAGGCGUGCUAGACUGCCAGCCAAUCUUGUUCAGGCUCAGAGGGACUUGUUUGGCGCACACACUUAUGAGAGGAUCGACCGCCCUGGUGCAUUCCAUACCGAGUGGACAAAACUUGCUCGCAAGAGCAAUUCUGCUGGUGUGCUACUUUGAACUAAAGCUUUUAUGCAGAAGACUUGUUUGUGUUUGUUUUGCUUGUUUCGGGGUUUCGAUUGGGUUGUUUGAGGAAUGUUUGUCUAUUUGAAUUUAGAAGAAAGCGUAUGUUCGCAUUGAGGAAAACAUUGGCUAGGCAUAUAAAUGACCAGUUAUUUUUAUUUUUUUUUUUGUACUUUACAGUCGAUAAGAAAUGCUUGCCUCUUUAGACUUCAUUGAGUUUGCAAUUUAUAUGGGAAUGGAAAUAGUUCCUGUUUCUUUGCCUGUUUCGUUUUGCUUCCCACUUAAUCUAUUUUCUCAGUAGGAAAAGUAAUCGAAAGUGAAGUCCUUCUACUGAUACAGAGCAAUAAAUGGGACUAUGUUCG